AUGCCAGCAAUGCAGUACAGCGCAAAUCAUCUGGAAUUCCUUGAUUUUGUUCCCACCGUUUGUACGCCCUAUUUCUAUACAAAGUAUGGUGCAGUUCCCCAUAAGUCGGAAGUUUCAGAGGAGUCAUACAGGUUCGAUACAACCGAAAAAGUCUCGACGUAUAAGCGUCAGGUUCGUUCCACUUACUAUCGUAAGGAUGGAGAUGUUGGAUCCACUGAUAGUUCUUUUGGGCAGCCUUAUGACUGA